AUGCGCGUCAUCUUCCUGGACAUUGACGGUGUUCUAGUCACCCGUCGUCCAUGUAUCAUGGAAGAGAAGCUUCUGCAAAACCUCGCUCGCGUGGUGCGAGAGAGCGGUGCCAAGAUUGUCCUCUCCAGUGACUGGCGUCGCCAUCCCGAGGCUCGGGCAGAAGCCCAGCAGGUGUUGGCUUCCGUGGGGCUCGAGAUCAUCGGUUGCACUCCUUGCAAAAGCCCCUACCUCGCGCAGCGGCCGACGGAAAUUCUGGAAUGGAAGAGAGAGUUCAUGAGGACCCAUCCUGGCGAGAAGUGGGAGAACUGGGUGGCCAUCGACGACAGGGAACUGUUGACGGAGCAGAACGGGCGCUUCUUGCGCGGUCACUUUGUCCAGACCCACCCUUUGCGGGGGCUCACGGUCGAAGCUGCUGAUGCAUGCAUCGCACUCCUUCGUCAAGAGGUCACCAAGGCUGAUGCAGGCCCCGCUAGUGUUUGCCAUUGA